AUGUCCUAUGCAACUCAGUCUCAGACUAACAUCACUGUUGGACAGGACCUACUGGAAAGAAUGGUGCUUUCCACUCUGACUACUUUACCAUGCUGUGUGUUUCUCUUCAUUAACGGGGUCAUGUUAUUCACCUUGAGGAGUAAAACUGUGUUUCGUGAGACCUCCCGUUACAUUCUUCUGUUUAACCUCCUUUUGGCAGAGACUAUCCAGAUGGCAGUGGGUCAGUUACUGUACUUACUAGCUGCUUGUAGAAUAAGGCUGACAUAUCCUGUCUGUGCUCUUAUUAUCAUGUUCUCCAAUCUCACAAAUGAUAUCUCUCCUGUCACACUGGUGGUGAUGUCUCUGGAGAGAUAUGUAGCUGUGUGCUACCCACUGAGGCACUCUACCAUCAUCACCAUCAGAAACACAGUAGUGGCUAUCAUUGUGGUUUGGACCUUCAGUUCACUAAAUGUAUUCACAAGAGUUCUGUUACUGUUAGAUUUUCCAUUUGAAGAUCUGGAGAGUCUGCAGAUGAAAGAUUUUUGUGCCGAGGAAAACAUUCUCCUUGACCAAACGUCUAAUGAUUAUGACAAAGCAUACACUUAUUGUCUGUUUGUAUCAGCUAGUGUUGCAAUCAUUUGCUCUUAUAUCAGUGUGAUGAUAGCAGCCAGGUCAGCCUCCACAGGCAAAACUUCAGCUUUUAAGGCUCGUAACACACUGAUGCUUCAUCUGGUGCAGCUGGGUCUCAGUCUUGUGUCGACUAUGCACAAUUCAUUUCUUGGAGCCCUCUCAACAAUUGUCACAAGGACAGUUCUCGUGCGCAUCCAAAUUUUUUUAUAUGUGUUUAUUGUCAUUCUCCCCAAGUGUCUUAGUCCCCUCAUCUAUGGUCUCAGAGACCAGACUGUCAGAUCCAGCCUUGUGUACCAAACAUGCUUUCACCUGAAACUCUCAGAAAUUACAGCCAAGGCUGAAAUAUCACCCUAG